GCGGUUGAGGGCGGGACCCAGCCAGGCCGCCAUUUUGUGAGUCUAUAUAACACGUAGCCGUUGGGUCCGCUCCUGCUACUCCGGCGCCUGCACUCCCCUUUUCCCUUCGGGUCGCCUUCGUGUGCCAUGGACGGCAUUGUCCCAGAUAUAACAGUUGGUACAAAGCGGGGAUCUGACGAACUUUUCUCUACUUGUGUCACUAACGGACCUUUUAUCAUGAGCAGCAACUCUGCUUCUGCAGCCAAUGGAAAUGACAGCAAAAAAUUCAAAGGUGACACCAGAAGUCCAGGAGUUCCAUCACGAGUGAUCCACAUCCGUAAACUGCCCAGUGACGUCACGGAGGCUGAAGUUAUUUCCUUGGGGCUUCCAUUUGGCAAGGUCACAAACCUCCUGAUGCUCAAAGGGAAGAAUCAGGCUUUCAUAGAAAUGAAUACAGAGGAAGCUGCUAAUACCAUGGUGAACUACUACACCACAAUCGCCCCUGUGCUCCGCAGCCAGUCCAUCUACAUCCAGUUCUCCAACCACAAAGAGCUUAAGACAGAUAACUCUCCAAACCAGGCACGUGCUCAAGCAGCCCUUCAAGCAGUAAAUUCAGUUCAGUCUGGAAACUUGGCACUCUCUGCCUCGGCCGCAGCUGUGGAUGCUGGCAUGGCCAUGGCUGGCCAGAGCCCAGUCCUGAGAAUCAUUGUGGAAAACCUCUUCUACCCUGUCACCUUGGAUGUCCUUCAUCAGAUUUUCUCCAAGUUCGGCACCGUACUGAAAAUCAUCACCUUCACAAAGAACAACCAGUUCCAAGCCCUCCUGCAGUAUGCAGACCCCAUGAGUGCCCAGCAUGCCAAGUUGUCUCUCGAUGGACAGAACAUAUACAAUGCCUGCUGCACCCUCCGCAUUGACUUCUCCAAGCUCACGAGCCUUAAUGUGAAGUACAACAAUGACAAAAGCAGAGACUAUACUCGGCCAGACCUGCCCUCCGGAGAUAGCCAGCCUUCCCUUGACCAGACUAUGGCAGCUGCUUUUGGUGCUCCAGGGAUCAUUUCAGCCUCUCCUUAUACAGGAGCUGGCUUCCCUCCUGCUUUUGCAAUUCCUCAAGCUGCAGGCCUCUCAGUUCCAAAUGUACAUGGAGCGCUUGCUCCUUUGGCUAUCCCAGCAGCUGCAGCUGCCACAGGACGGAUUGCUAUUCCUGGCCUUUCUGGGGCAGGGAACUCCGUUCUGCUGGUUAGCAAUUUGAACCCUGAGAGAGUUACGCCCCAAUGCCUCUUUAUUCUUUUCGGGGUCUAUGGUGAUGUGCAAAGAGUGAAGAUCUUGUUCAAUAAGAAGGAAAAUGCCUUGGUUCAGAUGGCGGAUGGCAAUCAAGCCCAGCUGGCCAUGAGCCACCUCAACGGUCAGAAGUUGCACGGGAAACCCAUCCGGAUCACUCUGUCAAAACACCAGACAGUGCAGCUGCCUCGUGAGGGGCAGGAAGACCAAGGGCUGACCAAGGAUUAUGGCAAUUCCCCCCUCCAUCGUUUCAAGAAGCCUGGUUCCAAGAACUUCCAAAAUAUUUUUCCCCCUUCUGCCACCCUUCACCUCUCCAACAUUCCGCCUUCAAUCAUUGAAGAAGAUCUCAAGCUGCUGUUCUCGAGCAAUGGUGGCAUUGUGAAAGGCUUCAAAUUCUUCCAGAGAGAUCGUAAAAUGGCUCUCAUUCAGAUGGGGUCUGUGGAAGAAGCCAUCCAGUCCCUCAUUGACCUCCAUAACCAUGACCUCGGUGAGAACCACCACUUGCGUGUGUCCUUUUCGAAGUCUACCAUUUAAGCGCUUUGGAAAAGCAGGCAGCAGAAUGGACCUGACUGAAAAACAAAAACAGACAUCAACCACCAUCUCCACCCUUCUCCAUGGGCUCAGCCUUGCUUCUUGGUUUUUUAAAAAGGGCUGGUCCACCUUAUCCGGGUGGGACAAACUUCCAUCAUUCCAGGGGGAAAAAGCCACUUUAAAAAAAGAGCAUGAGAGAAAGAAUGCAGCUGAAGUGACCUUAAAAGACAACAGAUUCUAUUUUAUUUUUAAGGAGGAAAGCAGUUUUUAAAAAGCAAUUUUUAAAAAUCAGAUUUUAAUUUAGCUGCUAUGGUAAUAAGAAUCUUUGACCAGCAAAAAAAAGCAAACAAAAUCAUAAGCUGAAAAAGAGUUUACAUUGUUGUUGGGAAGCAUCUCUGAGAGUCCCUUGCCUACCCUGGCCACACUGAGACAAAAGACACUGCCUGCCCUCCCCUACUAUAGAAAGCUUAUCAGCUUUGCAGUGAUGCCUUGUGUGUCUCUCAGCUUUGGGAGAGACUGCCCCAAACUGUUUGGUUUGUUUUCAGCAUCAGGUAUGAAUUCUCCCAAACACCAAGCAGCCUUCUUGAAUGGGAAGGCAGGGGGAAAUUGCCUUUUCCUAAGCCUUGCAUCCAAUAACCUCUGGUGCCUUAGAAACAAAAUAAUUCCUCAUGAAGAAGUCACUGGGAAAGUUAAAAAGGGCUCGGAGAUGUCAGAGGUCAUAUUGCGUGGCAGAGGAGGAGAGUGGAUACCAUUCAUUAGCUGUUGUCUCAAGAGCAGGGAAAAGAACUCCAUUUGUGGCCUCUUCAUUUGCUCCAAAUAAAACGUGCUUUUAGCCCAGAAUUAACUUCCUCAGUGCCCACUCCCAGCAGGACGUUGAUUAAGAAUACUUGAUUAAAAACACAUGCAUUUGAGCUCAUGUUAAUGGGCGGGUGCAUGGGGCGGGUGGCAAGGAGAAGACUCCUUAUCCCGUGCAUCAACAUUUCGCUUUCAGUCUUGUAGGGUUCUCCAUUUUACAGAAGUAAUCCCAGACUGUGGAAACUGAAACUUAAAUGUAAACUUAAAACAGGAGUGUCUGAAUUGGGUGGAUCUGAGAUUACCUAUUUUGAGCCCACACUUGAAGGGUUGGUUUAAGGUGCCUUGUGUUACCUUCCCUCCUGAUUUCAUCAUCAAAACCAGCAUCUCUCGUAACUAGCAGCCUUCAGCUUUUUAUUUUAAUCCCUUUUUAUUAGGUUUUUCUUUUGUUACAUGCAGUCUGUCUUUGCCUAGCUGUAUUUCCAGUUGACCAAAUAUUCUAAUGGAUUCAUAAAUAUAUUUAUAUAUGCAAAAGGCAAUAGCAUAACUUUUGUUAUAGAUAAGAUGGUAUAUAUUAGAUAAAUAUAUCUAAACUUACUCUUCUAUUACUUUUGUAUUCUGUACUUUUAUAAUUUUGUUUGUAAGCUGGAAAACCAGCCAUUUAGUUUUAUCAAGAUGAGGUAAUGGCUGAAAAGUUAAUGUUAUACUUUGAAGAGAACAAAAAAUGAAGUAGCAGACAUCAGUUGCUUCAAAUGAAAGGGACCUGAAUUAAAAGGGUCAUAUUACUUUAAUAAUCCAAGCUUAGAAUAAUUUAAUUAAUUCUUUGUUACUUUUUUUCAUUAUUAGUACUUAUAUCACCAUUCCUUUCUGGCCUCCAACUUUUCCAUUCUGAUCUGCUUUCUUUAUAUUCCAAUGUUGCCUUACUAUUUUCCUGUCGCUCACAUGAGAUUUCUAAGAUAACCAGAAUCUUGUACUUAAUAUCAGGGUUUCAAAUUGUGGACCAAAGUUGUUAUUUUGUUUUUCUUCAAUGUAUGUGGUGGUGUCUCAAGUCACUUGCAUUCCCUGUUGUUUCACAGGAGCUGUCGACUUGCAUUUGUCACUUGAGUUAUUUUAUUUUUUUUGAAGUCUUAAUCCUUUUUUUCUUUUUCCAAAAUAUAAACCCUCCCUAGUUAUCAAUGGGGGGGGAUGCAAUCUAUGCUGGAGGAAUGUGUGACAGCUUGAAUGAAAGGGUUUCUGCUUGGGUUGCCAGUGCAAGACAAGGAGUCAUCCUGCCUUGGGCCACAAAUAUCGCCCUCCUGGAAAGCAAAGCAGAAGGUAUCUGCAGAGGAACCUCGCCUGAACGGUGAGAAUGCCCUUUCACACAAUCAGUUGGUGCUAGCGUUUGUGCCCAAGGUGAGCCGCUUGCUUGCCCAGGGCUGGUGGGCACUGCCCUCUCUUCUGAGUCUUUGGGGUCAGGGUAGAGCAGCUGGUCCCCUGCAAGUGAUCUACCAUUUGCAUUUUGAGAAAAGGGGAUUGUGCCAGUCACCCAUCCUCUGAUAGCAUGCCUUAACUAUUCUAAAAGCCUCUGUGUAAUAUUGAGAGGCAGAGAGUGGUUUCCCAGAGCUGCCUUGCAUUCUGCAGGACAAAAUUUCCCAUAUCUCCACCCACUUCAUAAAAAAGCAAGAUGGAGUCUCUCCUGGAGUAUAGGAGGUCCCAUCUUGGUCUCUGAAGUUAGAUGGUAUCCAUGGCACCCAACAGUUGCACAUUAAAUCCUAAUGGAACCUGGGUUAGAAUGGUCUUAAGUUUAACUUUUUAAAAAUAUUUGACAUGCCCCUCUUGGGGUCGGGAUAUUCCUUGGAACACAGCCUCUCUUAGCUGGCCUUUUCAAUGCCUUGCAAUCUGUCAGCAAGACUUUCUGUUAACAGUGUGUUUCGGUGUAUUGUUUUUUGUUUUGUUUUUUCCCAACCAUGGCACACGGGGCACACUGCAUUGAAUUGGGAGAGAGGAGUUUCACCUUUCCUUUUGAUCCUGUGUUUUGUUUUUUGCAUGUAAAUGUAAGUACAGUAAUGAGAAAAAAGGUGUAAAUAUUUAUACUUUUUUAUACCUGUUGUAAGACAUGAGAGGGUAGCAGAACCCAAGUUUUUAUGGCAAAACAGAUGUAUUGUAUAUUUUGAUAACCAGCUAUUACAGGUUCAGUAUUGUGGGGGUAAGGCAUGGGAGGGUGACCGUACACAUCAGAAAUUCCAAUGCCUGGCUUAAAAAUGUAAUGCAAAAAAAGAAAAAUGAAAUUAAAACUAUUUUAUAACAGACUGUAGUACCUUUUUCUGUAGCCUUUAGUGAUUUGCUUGUUUAGAUUGUAGAAAGCAGUCAAUGGCUGUUCUGUAUUUGUUUUUAUUUUUUGACUUUCAAUAAAUGUCUUCUGUAUUCUUUG